AUGUCGCGCAUCGACAUUGAGUUCCAGACCAGCGACCACGUCACCCUCCGCGGCUGGCUCUUCAAAUCUGACAACGCUCCAACCAAGCUGCCCUGCCUCGUAAUGUGCCAUGGCUUCUCCGGCCUCAAAGAGAUGGAUCUCGGUGCCUUCGCCGAGCGUUUCGUGUCCUCUCUCCAGCUCGUGUGCCUUGUCUACGACAACCGCGGUUUUGGAGCCUCCGACACUGGACCAAAUCAGCCGCGGCAGGAGAUCCUCCCAUGGCAGCAGAUGAGCGACAUCAGCGACGCGAUCACAUAUGCCCAGAGCAGGGAUGAUAUCGAUGCAGAGAAGAUUGGGAUCUGGGGAAGCAGCUACUCCGGCGGAGAAGUCUUAUGGGUAGGCGCGACAGACAAGAGAGUGAAGGUUGUGCUGAGUCAGCAACCGUGCGUUGACGGCUAUGAGAAUUUUCAGAGGCUGAUCCGCGGGGACGUGGCGGUUGGCGUGCAGGAGCUGCUCGUUGCUGAUCGAUUGGCCAGAGCGAGAGGUGAGCUGGCAGGUACGAUGCCAGUCGUCAGCGAAGACCCAACGCAGCCAGCCGCCCUCCCAACCAGCGACUCCUCCGCGUUCUUCGACAAAUGGCAAAAGAAAAACGACACCCUUACGCCUACUGAUCUGGCGUUGGAAGCGUACUCGAGAGCUAGGGAGCCGAAGCAGCUGCAUAUCCUGCCAGGAGGGCAUUUCGAUGGCUACACAGGCAAGAACUUCGACAAGAACACGAGUGUGCAGAUCGAGUUCCUCCGAGAGCAUCUGUGCUCAUGA